AGCAAGAGAAGCUCGCUUCUCCCGGACGGGUGAACUCAAGGAGAAGUGUCUUUUUUCCGAAGUUUAACCUUCUCACGAUGGGGAGCCGAAGUUUCUUCGUGGUACUGCUGAUGCUGGGGACGGGUAAAGGUCAGAACCUGAUUCAGAACCCUAGCUUUGAGGGUGACCUGGUUGGCUCGUGGGACAACAACGGGUUCUUGAUGGAGCGUACAAGUGGGGACAGGGUGGACGGUAACUUCGCACUCAAGGCCUCUUACCGGGAUCGUGAGCUCGAAGGACCCCUUCAGGUACUGAACAAUCUAAAACCCGGCAGUCGCUAUGAAGCGAGUUUAUACGUGAAACUUCUUAAUGACAUAAGCGGAGAUCUGUGGCAGCCAAUCAAAGUGAUCAUGCAGUUCACAUUUAACGAGACAGACGUCGGUACAUAUUUCAUCGCUACUCGUGGUUUGUGCGACUCGUCCAUGGGCUGGAUUUUUCUGAACGGAAGUCUAAACGCACCAGUAAGAGCUUUCACCUCGGUGAAGUUUGGCAUUCGAGGCCCGGCACCUUUCGUUGACUUCUUGGUGGACAACGUCAGUUUGUAUGAAGUCCCCGAGAACACCAACUGGUUCGCUGACUCCAACACGAACAUAGAUAAAUACAGGAAAUCCAAUGCCAGUGUGAGUUUCAGUCUGCCAGCAGGUGUCCCUGCAUCUGCGUUUGAUGUUCAGGUCCGACUCAAGAAGCACCUGUUCCCUUUUGGUGCGAAAGUCAAGGACACAGUGAUCUCGCAACAACCUACUAACGACUACACCAAGUUCUUCUGCAACGUAUUCAACUGGGCCACAGUGCAAAGCUACAAAUGGAAGUUUGAUAAAGGCACACGGUACGCUCCCAAUUUCAACAAUGCUUUGAGCGCCACAAAUGCUCUUCUAGCUAAUGGAUUGAAGGUGCGUGCACAGAGCGUCUUCUUUGACGUGCAAGACAACGUACCCGACUGGGUUCUGGCUCUGAGUGGAGACGAGUUAAGAAGCGAGUUGGACAAACAUCUACUCUACAUGUGCAACAUCACACUCGGCAAACUUCAACACUGGGAUGUACAGAACGAACACACGCAUGGUCUGUACUACGAGGAGAAGCUGCUGGACAGGAACCUCACAAAGAACUUCUUCCGACAGAUGAAGGCAUGUGACAAAACCACGAAACUCUUCUUUAACGACUAUCAAGCCGUCGAUAUCGGACCUUCUACUGAGGAGUACUACCAGCUAAUGAAGCAGUAUCUGGAUGAGGGCGUUCCAGUGGAAGGUCUAGGAGUUGAAGGCCAUGUCAAGCCGUAUCUGCCCCUCGACGCCGCGUUGAUCUGGAAAAGACUUGACCGUCUCGGGACGCUCCCCAUAGAGAUCGUAAUGUCGGAGUUUGACGUCACGGCAGACGAUGUCGUGCAGCGAGCCGAUUGGAUAGAAGAUGGCAUGCGAGCGCUGUUCGCUCACCCAGCUAUGACAGCCAUCAUCUACUGGUGUAUCUGGGACCUUGACUGUCAAGAUGCCAACAAGGAGUUGAUUAGGGGAAGCAAUUUAGAGAUCAUUGAGCCUGGUCAGCGCUUCAUCUGUUUGUUGAAGAAGGAGUGGACAACUAACAUCGUCAGAAAUCUCGCCUCCGGGCUGAACAUUCCCUUCCGAGGUUUUCUUGGAGACUACGAGGUGAUCGUGAGAAGGUCAGGCGUGCCCAUACAGGUGGAACGUUUCAGCCUGGGUCAAGGUGGGACCUCAGUCAACAUCCAGGUCACUAGUAGUACAGCGGCAGUGGCGGUGGUGGAGGAGACGGACUAUGUUCCCAGAUGCGUCAGUCACCGAGGGCAGCAGGGUCUGGGGUUGAGCAGCACGACAUCCAGCAGCUCGCAGCUUACAUGUAACUACGUCGUUUCCCCAGCUUCAGGUGGCAACGAAGACGACGAGACGUCGGUCAGCUGUGCGUCAGGUCAGGUCAUGACUGGCUGCACGAGCUUUCAAAACGACCUGCUGUGGACGAGAAAAGGAGAAAAGAUCGUGAUUGAGAACGGCGUUGUCCGAUGUAAAGCCUACAAUGGUCGCAACUCCCCUGGAGGUGUGAAAGCAACCGCUCGCUGCUGCAGCGUAGCAGGUCUGACGUGUGACUACCGGACAGCCGGACCCUCCUCUCCCUUUGAUGGUGCUCAGGCAGAGGCAGUGUGUCCAUCCAAUACCUUGAGUAUAGGAUGUUCUUCUUACAGUCGCUACCCGGAUAUGGAUGGAGUGUACGCUAACGGCACGGCAAACAGCUGCGUUGCACAGAGCGGUAAUCCAGCCUCCACCAUCCCGGCCGAACGUUCAGGUUCCACCGCGUUUGCUGCGUGCUGCUCGGCUCCCGGCAUGACAUGUCUGCGCGUCUCCACAUCCAUGACAACACUGACUGCCGGAAAUCAGCAAGCAGUUGUCUGCCCCACUGGCUACAUCAUGACGUCAUGUGAUUACUAUGCUGCUGAUGGACGCGCGGCUGGAGCCCGGAUAUACGAAACCAGCGGUGUGGAGAAAUGCAAGGCAUUCAUGGGUGACAACUUGCCGACCGGCUCGAAAGGCGUUGUGGGUACAGCGACCUGCUGUGCGAUGACGUCAUAACGGGACGAGGCUUGAGGCAGAGUCAUGAUCCGAGGGCUGUGAACUAUCCAAUAUAUCCAAAAUAAACGAUUGUUUAAACCUA